CGUGCGCUCUGACUAUGUGGCCCUCAUGUUUAUGCAAAGAGCUGGUGCAACCUCUCCGCUGGACGUGUCGGCACUCAUACUCAACCUCAAGUUCCAUUCCACCGUUACCCCCUCUCCCUGAAUGGCGUACUCUUUUCAACUCAUCAAAUCAAUUGAAGGAUCAUGACCGAGUUUCCUUGAAAAACCAGGACACUGCCAGGGCUGUUGUCCAAUCAUUUAUGUCCGCUAAGAAUGAAGCAGCGGGCAAAGGCAAGAUUAUUAUUGAGGCUUUCCCCGGGCCCGGCGCCAUCUCAAGAGCGUUGCUUGAGCUGCCUAAGAGUGAAAUUCAUAAGCUUAUCAUUCUUGAAGACCAUCCGGAGUACUUGAAGUACCUGAUGCCAUUGCAAGAGGCCGACCCGCGUGUGAAGGUCGUCCCUCUAUCGGGCUUCGAUUGGGACACAUAUUCUCACAUCGAGGACGCAGGACUUCUCCAAGACGUCGAGGCUGUACCUUGGGAAGGCGGUCACCAUCCUCAGCUACAUUUCAUAAGCCAGCUGCAGGCUACGGUCAAGGGCGAGCAACUCAUAGCACAGCUCUUCAGAUGCAUACCGGACCGCUCUUGGCUCUUCAAAUAUGGAAGAAUUCCAAUGAGUUUCGUACUCAGUGAAUGGGUCUGGAAGAGAAUAUCCGCCGAGGAAUCAAAUGUGCAACGGUGCAAGCUAUCUGUGAUCGCUAAAGCCACUGCCACAUGCAAAUUGACGAUGAACCCAGAAGCUCUCACUCCUUACAACGAUCACUUUCAUCCUGAAGUCGCAAUCGCAAAGACGGCCGCUCGUGAAACCCGAAAACCGGGCUAUCCACUCGUUGCGAUGAACAUUAUUCCGCAUGCGAAACAGAUCAUCGCUUCCGGCAUGCUUGAAAAAUGGGAUUACUGUCUUCGACGCCUGUUUGUGCUCAAAUCUACUCCGCUGAAGAAGGCCAUAAAUUCUCUCGCUCCUGGUGCUGCGACGCUUCUGAAGGUACUCCAAGAUCCGUCCCUGCCUCCAGAAGAGCAGGUAGAUAUCAACAAGGCACCGCGCGAUCUGAGCCUUGCCGACUGGGCCUUGAUAGUCCGUGCAUUCGAUAACUGGCCUUUCGCACCUCAGGACUUGAUGAUCACUGAUGCCUUCAAGAAGCAGAACGUCACCAGAAUGGUUUUGUAAUGUAGAGCGCGGAGCACUUCACAAUGUUAAGGUGGGGGCUGAACGCUGUGACUGGUAUUGCGCAUCGUACAAAUACAACUAUUCAGGAUUAACCGCGCAGCUUCAACUGGCAAUGGUCUCAAUUAUGCUCGUCUCACGUACGGGCGAAGCCGGCCAGUCAAUAUGUUCUGAACUUUCUAUUUCCUGC